AUGGCGGAGGAACUAGCGGAUGCGAUAAGAAAGUUCGAUCUUUCAGAUAAAGAACUUGAAGGAACUGACCUGGGUGAUGUUGAGAUAGAUAUAGGUAUUCAAGAAUGUCAGUUGAGUUUAGUGGGGAGAAUCAAGGGUGAGAAAGUGGCCAACUUUGUUGGGGUCAAGAAUUUUGUGACCACAGCUUGGGGCUAUCCGAGGAAUCUAAGGAUCUUAGAAUUGGGGCCAAAUAUGUUUCAGUUCUAUGUUCCUAACAGGGAGGACAGAGAUAGAAUAGUAGGAGGAGGACCCUGGGUCAUGGACAACCAAAAUUUGGUGAUGAAACAUUGGGUUGAAGGAAUAGAAGAUGAUAUUUCUGCUUUUGACCUGGCACCUUUCUGGGUUCAAGUCUGGAAUUUACCUGUGCACUGGAUAACUAAAGAAGUGGGGAGGAAAAUAGGUGCAAUUUUUCAGGAGGUAAAGGACGUACUGGUGCCUCAAGUAGGAGGAAAAGAAGGAAGACAUUUAAAGCUUCUAGUGGUACUGGAUACCUCUCUACCUCUGCUCAGGAGAACGACAGUGAAAGUCAAUGGAGCCUUGAAAUGGUUGAAUUUCAGAUACGAAAGGUGUCCAGACUUCUGUUACAAGUGUGGAAUGGUUGGCCAUGGAGAGAAGUCCUGCAAGGCAAUAAUACAGAUAAGCAGAGGAAAGCAGGAACAUCAGUAUGGACCCUGGAUGAGAGCCAAUAUAGGGAGAGUCUCUCCGCCAAAGGAACAUUAG